UUGAAGAAAUUUUCAGGCUACAAGGUAACGGAAACGUUACGGUCCGGUAUUGUUGAAGUAGAAGUGUUUGACGUCUAUUCACAGUACAAUCACACAACAGGCAAAUACGACGUGGUUCCGCAUUGUGAUGGUGCCUUAGCUACAGGAUUCGCUCCUCCAUCGUUAGUCAACGGUAGUGCCGAAGUUGAAUGCGCUAAAUAUACUGCAGCUGAAUUUAUGAUUGGACAGACUGGGGCAAUGGCCGGAGUCGCUGCAUUCAUGAUUGUAUCAUCCGUUUACAAAAUUCCUGUCUCAGCUACCCAUGCCAUUGUGGGAGCCUCACUUGCCUCAUCACUUUAUCUUCGAGGAAAUGUCGGC